AUGUCCGAGAAAGUUAUCAAUCCUCAAGUCGCAUGGGCUCAAAGAUCCAGUACUACUGAUCCAGAAAGGAACUAUGUUCUAAUGACCGUGUCAAUUGCUGACUGUGAUGCGCCAGAAUUAACUAUUAAACCUACCUACAUCGAAUUAAAGGCUCAAUCAAAGCCUCACGUUGGUGACGAAUCUGUUCAUCAUUAUCAACUACACAUUGAUCUAUAUAAGGAAAUUAUACCUGAAAAAACAAUGCACAAAGUUGCUAAUGGCCAACACUAUUUUUUGAAAUUGUACAAAAAGGAUUUGGAAUCCGAAUACUGGCCACGUUUGACAAAGGAGAAGAUGAGGUACUCUUACAUUAAGACAGACUUCGAUAAGUGGGUUGAUGAAGAUGAACAAGACGAAGUUGAAGUUGAAGGCAACGAUGCCGCUCAAGGAAUGGAUUUCAGCCAAAUGAUGGGUGGUGCCGGCGGUGCCGGUGGUGCAGGUGGUGCUGGAGGCAUGGAUUUCAGCCAAAUGAUGGGUGGUGCCGGUGGUGCCGGAGGUCCUGGAGGCAUGGACUUCAGUCAAAUGAUGGGUGGUGCAGGCGGCGCCGGUUCUCCAGAUAUGGCUCAGUUGCAGCAAUUAUUGGCGCAAAGUGGUGGUAAUUUGGAUAUGGGGGAUUUCAAAGAAAACGAUGAAGAAGAUGGGGAAGAGGAAGAGGAAGCAGAACCAGAAGUCAAAGCAUGA